AUGAGCCGAAGCUUAGCUUCUCGAACACCCCAUCCGAUGCAGGAAGCUGUUGUUGAAGCAUCCCCAAAUAAUGGUGCUGGGUCAUCUGCUAACGUGAGGCUUUUCAGGGCGCUCGCAGACGUGUUUCAGAAAGCACAAUCGACUUAUGCAGGUCAUCGGAGACACAUAUCAGUUUUGAAAAGAAUACAAGCCAAAGCCAUUGAACAGGGAUACGAAGAGGUUUUUAACUACUGGUUUAACAAGCUUGUUGUUUUGGUGUUACCGCUCAGAAGAGCUGAGCCGGCUGGUGACCGAAUUGUGAGACUGGUUGGAGGAUUCAUUGCAAGCAGCGAACAAGACGUUGAACAAGCGAGAGCAACGGACGAAACUACGUUUGCGGAACAAGAAGAACAAUUAUCACGGUUCAUUGACCAAUUUGUUCGACACAUAUUACGUGGCAUUGAAUCCAAGGACAAAAAUGUCAGAUAUAGAGUCACACAAUUACUAGCUGUAAUAAUGGAUAAUUUGGGUGAAAUCAGUGAAGACCUGUACAACCUGAUCACAUGGUCGCUCGAAAAGCGCGUCCACGACAAAGAACCUUCUGUGCGAGUGCAGACGAUUUUUUGUCUUACCAAAUUUCAAGACGAGGACGGCGAUUCCAUAGAUCCCGACAGUGCUACUGCAUCUCUCGUAACGGCAAUUCAACAUGAUCCCAGUCCAGAGGUACGACGUGCUUCAAUGCUAAACUUGGUACUUAACAACCAAACACAAGAAUACAUUUUCGAAAGAGCUCGAGAUGUGAACCCCGUGAACCGAAGACUCGUAUUCUCACGCAUUCUCAGAUCUAUGGGCAAAAAAGUUUUUGCUGACGUCGAAAUUGAGAGUUUGAACCGUUUGCUCAGUUGGGGGCUCGAUGAUCGGGAUGAAAGUGUCAGAAAUGCGUGUGUAAGGCUGGUGGCAUUCGAUUGGUUAAAUAUCAUGGACGGCGACGUGAUACAAUUGUUGUCGUAUUUGCAAGUUUCGAAAACCUCUUCAUCCGAUAAAGUUGUUAACGCCAUUCUGGAAAGUAGACCAGACAUUAUUAGCAAAAUACAGCUUCCUUCCGACAUAUGGGAUGAUGUGAGCACCGAAAGCGCUUUUUUAAUUAAAUCCCUUUACUUAUUUUGCAUCAAACACAAGCUAGACGACGUUAUCGACAAAAACUUUCCCGAAGCGACUUCUCUAUCUCAAACUUUGCAAAAAUAUCUGGACAAAAGAUAUAGUCAAGAGGGUCUUUCAGCGAAGAAUGAGCAAAAUCUCGAAUUCGUUAUAUUACAGCUUUUUUCGGCCGCAUCCGAGUACGAUUACAGUGAUGAAAUGGGGAGGCGAGCAAUGCUCAACUUGAUAAGAAAUUCGCUGGCUCGAUUCAAAUUACCAGAACCCUUAAUUCAAGCUGGCUUAAAAGUUCUAAGGGCACUUUCCAUAAAUGAACGCGAUUUUAUAACAAUGAGCGUUGAAAUCAUCACCGAUUUGCGUGACGAAGACAUUGAGCGACAAGAACAGGCGGAUGAAGAGAGAGAAAUUGACUUGGGUGACGACGAAGAACGUCCUGAUGCCAUUGAGUCAUUUAACUCGGCAGUUGAAAACCUUGCCAAAGGGGUUGAAGAGCCUCAACAGGAAAACAUUGAGAAGUUUGCUAUCGAAAAGGAAGCAGGUUCUGAGACGCUUAUGAUCUGUCUCGUGCUUUCGCGUUAUAUGCUGGAACUCAUCAACACCCCGUUACCUGAGAAUAUUUUGAUUUAUUCCCUGAUAGACACCCUAAUACGGCCGGCUGUACGUAAUACUCAACCCGAGAUCAGACAACUAGGGCUGCGAAAUCUAGGCUUAUGUUGCAUCUUAGACGUUGAAUUGGCAGCUGAAAGUAUGUUCAUCUUGGGAAUGUGCGUCUCAAAAGGAGAUCCCUCUCUGAAAAACAUAGCCCUACAAGUGAUAGUUGAUGUAUUUUCGGUACAUGGAUCAAAAGUGGUCGAUGGGGAGGGGAAGGUGGAUUCCAUUUCAUUGCAUAAAAUAUUUUACAAAGUGUUGAAGAACCACGAGCUGCCGGAAUGUCAAGCAAUCGCUGCCGAAGGAUUGUGCAAAUUGUUUUUGGGCGAUGUUUUUGUCGAUGAUGAUUUGUUCGAAACCUUGGUCCUCUCGUGUUUUUCACCGGCAAAUGCAAAGAAUGAAGCCUUAGUGCAAGCCUUCGCCUUCUGCCUGCCAGUGUAUUGCUUUUCUCAUCGUAAUCAUCAGAAAAGGAUGGCUCGCGUGGCUUCGGACGUUUUUCUUCGAUUAACGAUGCUAUGGGACGACUUACAGAAAGGUGAAUGUGAUGAUAUGGCACCUGAGGCCAUGCUCAGACCGGGUGCCAUCCUUCAACAACUUAUUCACUGGACUGAUCCCAGUAAACUUGUGAAUCAAUCCAAAGAAUCAGAUGAUACAGAAAAUUAUCAACUAGACUUCUUAUUGAAUGUAUUGAAGAUAUACAACAGAUUUGAGAGAAAAGAUGUGAAAAAAAUGUUACUGACUAACAUUAAUAAGAUUACAUUGACAUCUGAGGAUGAUUUGCACAAGCUAGAGGAAAUUCGCGAAAUUCUUCAAGACAUCGACGAUAAUGACAAUAUCGACGUCAGCUCUCAUAAAUCCAUCAAAAAGAUCGUCGAACAUGUGGAGCAAAUCAUAACGGAGGCAAAGUCUGAAAAAGUGGAGGAGGAUUCAUCAAACCAAUCAGAAGAUGAAUAUUCAGCGAUUCUCAGCACAACUGGCGAAAAUAAUGCGCAUACGCCACCACCACCGAGACAAGAAUCUUUUGGUGAUCCGCAUGAGUUUGAUUCUCCUAUGGAUAUGUCAAGGGAUAUGAUUGAUAAUACACCAUCAAGAAAGCCUUCACGCGAAGUAGGCUCACAAGAUAUGGCUAAGAGCCGCAACUCUACAGUGCCCAGAACGCGAAAGCGCUCAAGGGAAAAUACGAGUAGUCAGAGGCGGGAAAGAAUCCACGGAAGUGACAAUGUAAACAGAACGGUAAGUUUUAUUUUACCAAGUGACGACAAUAGUGUUACUGAUGAAGGGAAUAGCUCCACUUACGACAGCUAA